AUGCUUUCCAAGGUUUGUUUUACCUAAAUUGAAUCUUCUGAAAAUAUCUCUAUGUUCUCUUAUCACAUAGAGAAAGAUUCUAAAAGCAAUUGAAAUAAUUUAUUUUCGAAAAAAGACGUUUUGAAUUGAACUUUUAAUUUCGUGUUCAAAGAAGUACUUUCUCCGACUCUCAAAAAAUUAGUUUUUUUCGUUCUCUUACCGCUAUUUUGAGUUUUGCCGACUCACUCUGGACACCGCUUAAAGGUCACCUCUCUAUAAGUCUUACAAAAAAUUGCAGAUUUUGAAAAUUUGAAUUUUUUUCAGAUUGACUUUCAGACUUCCUCGAGGAGUGUUUUGGAUGAUUUUAGAUCAUUUUCAAGCAAAAAUGACCUUCUUUCUUGGGUUCGAUGGAGAAAGCUUAAGGUGGACCCCGAGAAGUACUCUGUAGCGAAGGACACCCGUUUUUUGCUCUUCGACGUCAACCUCGGCGAGGGAUUCAACCUCCGACGUGACGUCUACAUGAGAGUCGCCAACACUAUACGUCUUCUUCGUCUUGCCGGUACCUUCUUGAAAGGACUUUCAGAGCUCCCACAAUUAUUCUAAGUGUUGAAAGUUUGCCCCUAAAGGAAGUUACCGCAUCAGAGAGUAUUAAAAAUUUAACAAAAAGUUUGUCUGGUCGUUUUUAUUUCUUUACCAAUAGCAAGUGUAGCGUGGUCAGAUUUUGAAUGUCAAGUCGUCGCUUAAGCUCCGCCCCAAACGGCCCGUUAACCAAUCAGAGAGCAUUUUUGGAUGACGUCACUCUAAUUGACAUUCAAAAUCUGAACAGACAUAUCCUCAUUUCUAAAAAACUUCUAAAAACAAAACUUCUUUGUGUCAUCUUUUUUUUGGCAACUAUCUUCUUUUCACCUGCUGUUUUGAUGUUUCUAUGACCUAAAUAUGAGAAAGAAGAGAGUGCAGACAAUUCAGAAUGUUUCAAAUUGAAAAGAAUGAAUUUCAAAUGCAUUAUCAGCUUUUUAUCAAUCUUUUUUCUUUAAAAAGACCAAAAAACUAAUUUUCGCCCUGAUUUGUCAGUUAUUGAAAAAAAUGAAAGACAUAAAUUGUAAGCCCAAGAAAGUACGUUUCAACUGGUUUGCAUAAAUAAUUUAAAAACUUGAUCGAGGUUAAACGUGUAGGAUGCCAAUAAAGUUCACAUAUCUUUGUAAAAUGUUCAGGCGAGAAUUUCAUAUUGGUUUUGCCGGCCUGGGGAGGUCUCUACCACUGGCAAAGGCAGGCGGUCAAGGUGCCCUGGGGCGAGUUUUUCGACGUCCCAAGUUUGAAUCGAUUCGUUCCGGUCAUCGAGUUGGACGAUUUCCUCAAAAGUAAGAAGUAUUUUUGGAAGGUUUCUCGAAAUUCGUCGAAAAGGGCAAGGGACGAUAUUUCCAAAGAUUUUUGUAAAGAUGCUUCUUGCUUGAAAAUCGAAAGUCAUUUUUUGAAACUUGAUAUUUUGAUAUGAAGCGAUUUUCCGGGAAAAAAAAAAUUAUGAAAAAGGUGUUAUUUUGAAGCCUGGGCAUCUUUCAGAGGGAUAUUUGAAAAAUUUUUUUCUCAUUUUUUUAAAAUUUGUUUUUUUGUCUAAAACGGUUGAAUAUUUUAAAAAAAUAUUAGGCAAAAAAAAUAUUAUAGAAAUUUUUUUAUAAGUCUGAUCGAUAAUAUUUUUCUUCCAAAAAUCAAUUUUUCCAAACUUUCUCAUAAUUUUAAGUUUUUCAAGUUCCUUUUCCUACAACUAGAAAAAAAUCAUUCCACCCAUUUUUUUUUUUUUCAAAGUUUCGAACAGAAGAAUUACAGUUUUAUAGAUUUUUGAACCAUUUUCCUUACUUUUUUUUGUAUUUUUACACUUGCUUGAUAAACCUUUCUCAAUUUAAAGUUCAUCCGACGGGUUUGAUCGACGACGUCGUCUACCUUCAACAUUACGCGGAAGGCUGGGGAACCGAAUUUGUGAGGAAAUUCGACAAAAGACCCUGUAUGUCCGGCGAGAAGUUCUACAAACGCAACGGCGAUUUUUGGUUCCAGAAAAACUAAUUUCAAGAAAAUCAAGAUUAUUCCAGGAAGGGAUGGUUCUACUCUUACGAUGAGCUCAAGGCCAAGAAUUUCGAAUGCGUUUCGAUUCAAGGCGAUUCGGCGACCCUGAAAGAUCUUAUACUGAAAGAUUACAAGAAAUCGUGGGGUUUUCAUGAAAUUACGUAUUUUUUAUAAAAUGAACAGACUCAUGAAGGGAACUGAAUGAGUUAUAGCUGCGCUGAAAAGUUAAUUUUUAAAAAUUUGGAAUUUUUUUUUUUGAAAGGUCAUAAGUAAGUAGUUUCCUAUAAUCUUUUAAUAGUUUGAAUGUCAAAUGACGUCAUUCGAAAAAGCUCUGUGAAUGGCUCGCUCUCUGAUUGGUUUAUCGCGCCGUUAGGGGCGGAGCUUGACUUGACAUUCAAAAUAUGAACAGACUAUAAAAAUUAAGGAAAAACUUGAGUUGUCAAUUUUUUCAAUCACUUUCUAAUCGAAUUUUUCUCCAAGAUUGGUUUAACAGUAUUUCUAAACUCGUUCAAGUUUCUAGGAAGCUCGAAGUUGUAGAAUGAUUAUUAAUUGAAGAGAUAAACGGAUAAUUGGGGUCCAUAUUAAUAAAUUGAUUGAUCAGGUAACUGAACUAUUGGAUUAAUCAUGAGUGUUUUGAGAAUUUCUUGAAAAGCUCCUUGGUUGGAAUCUGAAUUUCCCUUUCUUAGCUUUUUAUAUUUAUUUUGUUUUAUAGAAAAGUGCUAUUUAUCGAUCGGGCUGAAACGAUUCUGCACGAUAACUACGGGGAUGAGUUCUAUUGGCAGGCCAGAAGAUCCAUGAGAUACAGUAAGAAACUCGUGGAGGCCGCCGACAAGUUCCGGUGAGUGGAAAAUCGAUUUUUUUAUUCGAUAAAUACAGUAAAUAUGGAAGACAAUCAACGUCUCUUGAGCUUUCCUUGUUGGUUUUCAAUGAAAAAGUCAUUUUGAAACGAGUAUUAUACCAAAUUUCGAAAGAUUACCAAAAUAUUGAAAUGUAACUGUUCCACGGCUGGCUUGAACCAUAGAAAAAAUGGUCCUGGCACAAAGAAAAAAGAGAGUGCCUAGUUGGUGGAACGAACAUACAGGCCACGCCCCUUUAUAACCGUGAGUCGGCUAUUGGUGAGCAGAAAUAUGGAUUUUUAUUUAACAAUCGAAGUGAAUACGAAAAUUAAUACACUAUUUUGAGCUUUCUUUUGUUAACCUUCAAUGGAAAAAAAAACCAUUUUUAAACUGAUGUUAUACCGACAACGUCGGAAUUGUAAAUAAUAGCCGCUCGAAGGGAUAAGCUGAAAAAAGACCGAAGAAAGGCAGCGAAAAGAGUCCCUUUAUCGAGCCCCUAGAAUUUUGAAGGCUCCAGGAAUAGAUGAAAAGGUGAGAGGCAGCAAAAAUGGUGCAAAAAGGCAACGAAAAAGGAACAUUUCUACGUAGACUUUUCCACCCCUUCCGAAUUUGCCUAUGUACUAAAAUUUUGAAGCUUACAAGGAGAUGAAAUUGAUAUCGGAACAGUAAAUUUUUGAUAUACACUAGUUAUCUAUCUAAUUCCAAAAAAAUUUACCGUUUUAGAAAAGAAAAGCUGUCGUCGACUGAUGAGAAAGACAAAACUCUAAUCAAAGAGAAUUGGCAAGACGAUCAGCCGAGGUUUUGUCCCGAUACAAAGGAAAAAUCGAAAAGAAGUUCAGAAGAAACGCCAAAGGAGGUCCUUUCGUUUGCACUCAUUGGCGACGCCGCGAUUUUCUUCGCUCCAGAAAAGCCGAUCUUCCGUCGAUCAAUGGGACCGCCAUACAGGUUGAAAAUCAUUUUUUACAAGUUUAUGAUACAGAGAACUGUCAGAUUAUUCAUUUUUCCCUUCUCAUUUUGAAAAAAUAAGUCUAUGUUUGUUGUUUACUCUUCGACAAAAAAAAGGGUUCGAAAUUCACUUUUGUGUUUCUUUUUCUGCUUUAUCACGCUUUAAUUAUCUAUUGUUUUUUUAUUGUUCUUAUAAAGUGAGAGGCUGUCCAUAGUACGAAAAUGAGAACAAGGAAAUUUGUCACAAAAAGCAUGGAACUCUAUUUUUAGCUUUUAUCGCCGUUCUUUCUUCUUUUUUCAUUGACUGGCUCUUAUCAACUCGUGAAUUUUUGGUCUUUGUUCAUGUCUCUGUUCGUAUUCUGAAUGGCUGAUUCUUGCCUACUCCAUUUGAUGAUUCAUGAGAAAUUUGGGUGUGGUUUUCGAGAUUGGCGCGUAUAAUGAGUACAAUGGGCAGUUUUAUCAAUAAGUUUGGUAAUUUUUCAUAAAAGGCUUCAUUUUUAAGUUCUAGAAAAUAUUAGCAACCUCAGCCUUAACUUCAUGUGGAAUAUGUCAGGAAAUUUAUAAUUUAUGAAAAAAAAAAAAUUAAAAAUAAUUUUACCAGUUUCCAUUCUUAACUAACAUUGAAACUUCUGAAAAAGAGUUUCAGGAUUUUUAGUGUUUUUUUAUCCAGAAGUUUCCGAAUUUUUUCUCUGAAAGAUCCAAUCGAAAGUCAUUCCAGCUCGUCAAGCUCACGAAGAAGUACAAAGUGAAGAAAAUCUUCCUGGCAACCGAUGCGCCGGAUUCUGAAGUCGAAGAGCUCCGGAAAGAAAUUGGAGACGCCGCCGAAUUAUUUCAGUUCAAAGACGAUAGAUUUAUUGACGGCGCCAUCGCGAUCAUUGAUCAGGUUCGAUUUUGAGGAUGAAAAAAUAAAAUAAUAGUGAGAUUUGCGAUUUUGAAUUUGUCAUUUUUGGAGGUCAUUUUUCUUUUUUCAGAAAUCAGGUCUCUCUUCUCUAUUUCGAGGAUGCUAUUUCACGUUUUUAUUUUUGUUUAAAUUUUUGUGUUAACUGAAGCAUUGAGCUUCUUUAUGAAGCUGGCUGAUUGAAGAAGUAAUUGAGAAAUUUUUUGGUCGUUUCUUAAGAGUUUUGAGAUCCUUCCGUUUUUUUUUCGACCCCCCGCUCGAGCCUUCAAUUCAAUUUGUUUAUUUUUCGCAACAUCGGGAUGGUAUGGUGAUGUUGCAGGGAGGGAAAAAGACCACUAGGUGGAUUAACUAACCCCACCUGUGAAGAAAAAAAAAAGUUUUUUGUGUAAGAAAAGAAACAUAGAACCAUAAUAAGUAGAUAUUUAAAAACCAAGUUGAUCAUGGCACAAAUCUGUGAACACUUGAAAGAAUAUGCUCGACGCCAACAUCUUCUGCAUACACUAAAAACAUGUCCUUAAAUUUUUUCUUGUCUUCCUCUGCCAAUAAUUCAUGUUCAAUGCCAUUCCAAACAUUAGUAAUGCGAUGUGAUAAGAAAUUGAAGAAAACCAGUGAAGGUUUCGUUUUUAUUAAUUUAAAACCAUUUCCUCUGAGCUGACUGGGACGGUCAAAGAUGUUAUGUACCUGGAUGGGAGAGUCUGACCAGCACUUAUUAUGCAAAAACUGAUGUGAUAAUACCAGAUCCUUAACUAAACGCCUAAACCAAAGAGGUUGAAGACCUAAUAGUUUUAACCGUUCAUUAUAUUCCAUUCUUGGGGAAAGGCGCUUCGUGAAACGCCUCUGGACCGAUUCUAAUCGAUCAAUAUCUGACUUUGUCAAUGGACACAUUAGUUCCGAACCAUACUCUAGAAUGGGAAGUACCUUGGCCUUAUAGCAUGUCAAGAAGUUUUUGUUUCGAGAAGCUAAAACAGCGGAAUAGGUUGUUUAUAAUACGCAUAGUUUUUUUGACGAUAACUUCAAUAUUAUUAUGCAUUUUGAGGUUAGAUGAAAAAAUAACUCCGAGAUCUCUCACACAAUCCUCGUUAUUCACUGUUGUACCAUUAAGCUCGUAACUCGCAACACUUCGAACUCGUUUCCCAUAACUAACAUGGAGACUUUUAUUUGCUGAAAGUAUGAGUUGUCUAUCUGCGAGAAAAUUUUCAAUAGAAUGGAGAUCCUCUUGUAGCUUGUUUUGAUAUCCUGGAACAGAACUGCUAAUCAUUACUUUGCAAUCAUCUGCGUAAAUCAACAGUUUACUAUAUUUAAGUGCUUUUAUCCAAAUCGUUAAUGUAAACAAGAAACAUUAAAGGACCUAAACAGCUUCCCUGUGGAACCCCAGAAAUGACUUCAAUAUCUCCCGAAAAAUUUAUCAUUUACUUUUUACUUUUUUUGAGUCCUGUUAGUCAAAUAAGCUCUAAUCCAGUUACCAAGUUUUUCCUUUACAUCCGUAGGCUUCAAGUAUGGUUAAAAAGUCUACGGUGACUGACUGUGUCAAAAAGCCUUUGAUAUAUCCAAGUAAAUACAGUCAACAUUGUUUUUUUAUUGUAAACUUCUUCAAAAAUAUAUCUUUGUUUUUCCAAUAACUGAGUUAUUGCACUCCGAUUGUUCAAAAAAAUCCGAACUGAGUUUUUAGAAAAAAAUUUUUGCUACGCCAAAGAUGAUUUCUUAAAGCUCUCACUACAAUAGAUUCGAAAAUUCGGCAUGGCACACAGGUUAAAGAGACGGGCCUAUAAUUUUCAGCGGCGGAAGGGUUUCCUUUUUUGAAUACUGGAGAAACAAUAGAUUUUUUCCAAAGAAGAGGUAACGAGGAGCUAUCUAAUGACUUUCUGAAAAUCAUUGAGAGCGGGCGCGCUAAAGGAACUGCUAAUUUCUUACAUAAUUUACUCGAAAGUCCGUCUGGGCCUGAAGAGCUUAAACUUUUUAGAUUUUUCAUACAUUUAUAAACCACAUGUUCAUCUACGCAAACGUCCUCCAAAACUGUACUAGUAACCGAAGGGACGCUGAAAUUUUUAUUGUCAUCAAUACGGUAGACCGAACUGAAAUAUGAAUUAAAAAUGGUCGCGAUCUCCUCACUUUUUUUGAAUGGAGCGACCUUCGAAACAUAGAGAUUUUUGGCUGCAUAGAAACAGUGGUUUUCCUCUUAACAUAAGACCAAAAAUGCUUUUACUGUUUUUUUAGAUCCGUUUAGUACUCGUUCUUCUUCUGAAACUUUGUAGUUUUUGGACGCUGGUCUUAUACAAUUUAAGGAUCUGCCUAUAUUUUUUUGCUCUUUUUGUGGAGACGAGGAUUUUUUUAAAAUCAAUAUAACAUCUUUCGACUUUUUCUUCUCAUUCUUAUCAGGUAUUGCGGGAAUUUGAACGGUUCUAUAAUUUUUUUGGUAUGAAAUGAUUGCAGAGUGGCUCAAGUAUAGAAAUGAACUUUUUCAUACAUUUCAUCUACUGUACGACAUGUGCUGAACCGAUAAUUCCAGUCUAUCCAAGCUAUUUGAAAUUAAAAAAGUUUUUCUCGAAUUUAUCUUUUAUUUUCUCUCAGAAUUUUUCUAGAAACUUCUUAAGGGAUUUGAGUUGCUCAAGAAGUUCUUUUUAUAGCCACCAGUGUUUCUAUUCAAAGGAGUUUCCUUAAUCUCGUGGACCAACAGAGAAUAAACUUUUGAUCAUUAUCAAUAUUAUUCAAACCAAUUUAUGGCCCUUCAAAAGCACUCUCAAAAUUCAUUUCCCGUGAUUUCAGUGGAUCUGCUCCCAUGCGAUCUACUUCACCGGAAGCUGCGAGUCGACCUUUUCUUUCCGGAUCCAGGAAGACCGCGAGAUUCUCGGAUUCCGACCCGAACUCACCUUCAACAGAAUGUGUCCUGACGAUCCGGCAACAGAGUGUCAACAACCUUCGAAAUGGACUAUCGCUUUCUGA